AUGGAUGGUUCAAGGAGGCGAUUCACAUGCGUUGAACAAUACUACAUGUAUAGCAAAGCUUUGUCGGCCGGAGAUAAAACAGCUGCUGAACAAAUAAUGUCAGAACGCGAUCCGAAGAACAUGAAACGAAUCGGCACGAAGAUUGAAGGAUUUGAUCGGGAAAGGUGGGAUGGCAUGAGCACAUCUAUCAUGACCCUUGCCUUAGAAGCGAAGUUCAUGCAAGACACUCAAAUGCGUUACAUGCUGUUUUUGACUCACGGUUCAAGGCUUGUCGAAUGUUCACCGUCUGACGUCAUCUGGGGCAUUGGUCUCCCAAUCAACAGUCCAGAUGCCGUUAAUCCUUCACGAUGGCGUGGUAAAAAUCGUCUUGGAAGCCUUAUGGAUGCUGUACGAGAGAAAUUAUGGGUCAUGGAUGAAUACAGAUCUCGCCACUCAAUCGGCGCUAUCGAAGGGUGUUCUGAUGCAAAGUGUUCUGAUAGCUCUUCUCGACGUCAGUCUAUCGAUAGCGCUCUUCGGCAGCGAAGUACCGAAGCUGAAGAAGAUUUGAUCGCCGCGGUAUACGUAGAGAAACGGCGUCGAAGCCGAAAUAAAUGCCCAGAAAAGGACGACACAGACACAGACGUGGCACCGCCAUCUCGGAAGCGAAUGCUGUUGGAGGGUGGUGUCAAUCAGUCACCCUCAAGCACUCCUCCAGCUCAAUCCCAUCCUGUGAACCGUGGUAGUGAUGAUCCUGAAGAUCAUCUGAAGAAAUCGUCUGAACCUCCCUCAGCAAAUGCUGGCAAAUCGACUGCUCUGCUUGACGUUGUGGACCCUUCCAUACAAGAGAUACUGCUUCCUGGCGAUGUUUCGCAAAAGGAUGAUGUGUUCUCAUGCUCCGAAGAUGAUGUACGUGUUGAGGAUAGCGCCACUGCUGCGGCAACGAAGGAGGACGAUGUUGCGGAAAGGCUUAGAGCCGCUUGUAAUGAAGACGACUUGGUCACUGAAAGUGAAAAGAAGUCUGAAGAAAUAGAGUUCAAAGUGCGGAAAAAUGUAACCUCGAAAAGACCGCCGGAUGAGGAUGAUGAAAAAGCAAAACCAGCAAUGACCGAAGUAGGAGUGAUCGCAGUUCACGGCGCAAUGGCGAAAGAUCCACUUCGCGAAGCAGAGAGAGGUGAAAAACGCCACAAAAAGGAGUCACCGAACGAUGACAGUAAGGAUGAAAGAAAGGAGAAAGCCAAUAACUCAGGCGAUGACGGCAACACGAGCAAACUGAACACAGAAACCUCGAGUGUCGGUCCAACAAGCACAGCUGUAGAGACGUCACAAACUAAAACCGAUAACGUGGGUAACUCAGCUGCAACACCGACUUCAAAAACAGACAAGGUACCGUUUUUUUAUGUAAAUCAGAAAUGGCAUAUUCCAUAA